AGCAGCUUGCGGGAGGCGCCACGGCCUCGCAGACGCAGGCGCCGGCCGCUGAAGAGCCAGAGAGAAAGUUCCCGGGGACAGUUCACCCGCGGGAGGGCCCAAGCUGCUGCCGCUGGCCAGACGGUGUCGAGUCCCGCGUGUGUAGCGCGCCGUUUGCCUGCACGCACUCGGCUGCCCGGGCUCUGCCUUCAGAGAAGCAGUGGAGCCUCGCGGGCGGGCAGCCGGGGCGGCCGCGACUAAACUUGGACGAGGAGGAUGCUGCGAGUGGGCGCGGCGGCGCAGGGCGCGGGGGCGCUCGCCAAGCUCUGAUCGCUCCCGGCGGGCUCGAGCGCGCAGAGGGGCAGUAGGCAGGUAGUGACUCCAAGCGCCCGGACUGCGCCAAACCUACCAGCCAAGGCCGCCAGCGCCACCGUGCAGGCAUCGUCUCCUCGCCUCGGAGUCAUGGUGCGCGUAGCGCGCACGCCCUGCGUGGAACUCUGAGCUCCGGCGGUGCAGUGCGCCCCCUCCUCCGGUAUCCUCAUCCGAGCUUCCCGCGCCUGCCUUGCUCGCGGACCAUGACGCUAUCGCCUGGAACCACUUGCUUCUGAGCUCAUCGCCCCGCUGCAGCCCCCCCAGCGCGGCUGGACCACCGACAGCGCUCUGACCCUUCAAACUCGGGAUCUUCUCCCAGGGACGCCGGGCGCAAAGAGAUGGCGCUCCGCGGACCCCUCCGGCCGCGCAAAGUUCGCAGGAGGCGAGAGAUGCUGCCGCAGCAAGUUGGCUUCUUGUGCGCUGUGCUGGCUCUGGUGUGCUGUGCGUGCAGCCUCUUCGGAAGCUUGGGCCACAAAACAGCUUCUGCCAGCAAACAUGCUCUGCCAGACACGUGGCGCAACAGAAAGUUGAUGGCACCGAUAAAUGGGACUCCGCCGGCCAAGAACUGCACAGAUCCCGCAAUUCACGAGUUCCCCACAGACCUGUUCUCCAACAAAGAGCGACAGCAUGGUGCUGUCCUGCUACACAUCCUCGGUGCUCUCUACAUGUUCUACGCCCUGGCCAUCGUGUGUGAUGACUUCUUUGUCCCAUCCCUGGAGAAGAUCUGUGAGAAACUUCAUCUGAGUGAAGAUGUGGCUGGUGCUACCUUCAUGGCUGCAGGAAGCUCGACACCGGAACUGUUUGCUUCUGUCAUUGGUGUGUUUAUUACCCACGGAGAUGUUGGUGUGGGGACUAUUGUGGGCUCUGCUGUGUUCAACAUCCUAUGUAUCAUUGGAGUGUGUGGACUCUUUGCUGGACAGGUGGUGCGGUUGACAUGGUGGGCUGUGUGCCGUGACUCUGUGUAUUACACGCUCUCUGUCGUCGUGCUCAUAGCGUUCAUAUACGAUGAGGAAAUUGUGUGGUGGGAAGGCCUGGUGCUCAUCAUCUUGUACGUGUUUUAUAUUCUUAUCAUGAAGUACAAUAUGAAGAUGCAGAUGUUUUUCACAACCAAACAAAAGAGCAUUGCAAAUGGUAACCCAGUCAGCAGCGAGCUGGAAGAUGGUAAUGACCUCUAUGAUGGUAGCUAUGACGACCCUUCUGUGCCAUUGCUGGGGCAAGUGAAGGAAAAACUUCCCUAUGGCAAGACCCCCGUGGUGAUGGUGGAUGAGAUUCUGAGCUCCAGCCCUCCCAAGUUCACCUUCCCUGAGGCUGGCCUGCGCAUCAUGAUCACCAACAAGUUUGGGCCCAGAACCCGACUACGGAUGGCCAGCAGGAUCAUAAUUAAUGAGCGACAGAGGUUGAUCAACUCGGCCAAUGGUGUUAAUAGCAAGCCACUGCAGAAUGGGAGACAGGAGAACAUGGAGAAUGGAAAUGUUCCUGUGGAGAACCCUGAAGACCCACAGCAGGGCCAGGAGCAGCAGCCACCACCACAGCCGCCACCUCCAGAACCAGAGUCAGUAGAGACAGUCUUCCUGUCCCCGUUCUCAAUGCCUGAGGCAAAAAGUGACAAGGCUAAGUGGGUGUUCACUUGGCCCCUCAUCUUCCUCCUCUGCGUCACCAUCCCCAACUGCAGCAAGCCCCGCUGGGAGAAGUUCUUCAUGGUCACCUUCAUCACGGCCACGCUGUGGAUCGCUGUGUUCUCCUACCUCAUGGUGUGGCUGGUGACUAUUAUUGGAUACACUCUUGGGAUCCCUGAUGUCAUCAUGGGCAUCACCUUCCUGGCAGCAGGCACAAGUGUUCCAGACUGCAUGGCCAGCUUGAUUGUGGCAAGACAAGGACUUGGAGACAUGGCAGUCUCUAACACCAUCGGAAGCAACGUGUUUGACAUCCUGGUGGGGCUUGGCAUCCCGUGGGGCCUGCAGACCAUGGUUAUUAAUUAUGGAUCCACGGUGAAGAUCAACAGCCGGGGACUGGUCUAUUCCGUGGCGCUGUUGCUGGGGUCUGUCGCGCUCACUGUCCUUGGCAUCCACCUCAACAAAUGGCGCCUGGACCGAAAGCUGGGCAUCUACGUGCUGGUCCUAUAUGCCGUCUUCCUGUGCUUCUCCAUAAUGAUAGAGUUUAACGUCUUUACCUUCGUCAACUUGCCCAUGUGCCGAGAAGAUGAUUAAAGCUGAGCUGUCGCCCGGAAGAGAAACUGCUGUGGCCACCAUGAUGCUGGCGUCCCCUCUCUCUCCUUCUCCACACAGGUCUCUCCUGCCUUGACAGCCACUGUCAGUCCUUUCAUGAGCUGGAAGGAAGGGCCACCAUGGUCUUUGUCCAGUCAUGGGCCAGGCUGCUGGGUAUCUGCCCCUGCAUGGCAGGGUCCAGGCAUCAUUUGAGCAACUUCACAGACUCUUGGCUGCCAGCUGCGGGGAUGCAUCAUGUCUCUUCUCUCUUGCACACUUUAGUCAGCAGGACUUCUGUGUGCUGUUUGUCUUUCUGUCCCAUGGGCAACCUCAGAAAUGAGUCAGUCAGUGAACGUGAGGUGUCCUAGAUGAGUGCAAAGUAGGACUGUGGUUGGCAAGUGUCAUCUCUGGGCAGAUUGUGUCACAAUGAGCAUCCGACGCUGCUGGGAACACUGGAAACUUGGAAGAGACAAGGAAUUUACCUGCAGGGAAUUGAAACCACUGCAGUUAUAGGAAAAAAUAGGAAGAGUGGAAGCAUUAUUUCCCAGUAGAAGAAAGAAAAGCAAGCAAAUACUGUUAUCCUUUUUAUUGACACAUUCAGAAAAUGAGCAAUGAAAUAUUAAAAAAUAAAACAUCACAUAUAGAUCAUCAUACUUGAAGAAUAUCAUUCCACACAAAAGCAAAGGAUCAUUGACAGGGACCAAAAAGGUUACCCUUGGAGAAAAAAAAAAAGAAUCCUUUGCAUGUCAUCUUGUGCUGGCUCCAAGACGAUUUGGUUUGGAAUAUAGCAAAAGGUGGACGACCACGCAGAGACAGGUGCUAACUCAGAGACAUGGCGGGGAAUGUAGACACAUUUCAGACCGUAGGAUGCCAUGCGCCGCCCUUCAGGUUUGUAACAUCUCUGUUAAUGCUCUGCUUUCAAAACCACCCCACCGAAGGACCCAGUUGUUUAUAUUCCCAACCACUUGCAGAAGUGAUGGCUAAAGACAAGAAGAGAGUGCCCGCACAUCACUCUCCUGGUUGGCCGAAGCCAAGUAUGAAAAGCGUACCUUAGAAUUUUUACAGCUAGGUUUUUUCAGCUUCAGGAGUUUGCUACACAUGCAAGGCCAGGGAUGGGAGAUGGACCCAAACACAGGCAAAUAGGAAACAAUGUUUGACUGCUUCAUAGCUCUGAAAUCUCUGUGUAACAGAUUCAUGACUAUAAACCAUUCCUGGGUUCUAAUGAGGAAGCACAAAUUAAUUUUAUAUAGUGAGGUUUUUAUUUUUUUAAUGUUUCUAUUGCAAAAGUCUAUUGGGUCUGAUGCACUUUAAAUACUGAGAUAUUUUGCACAGUAGAAGGCAUGGGAGUGAGCCAGGGUAAGGAGUUUAGUGAUUUUAACCUUGGUGGCUACUGUAAAUCCAGCAGCUGAGUCCUCCUGGGCCCAUGGUGGAAUCUGUAGUGAUGUUCUCUAAUUUCAAGGGACAAAGUGUUCAAGCUUGUGUUCCCUUAAGCAGAAGAACUAUGACGAGACCUCACUCCCAUUGCCCAGCCUUCAAUUCGGGGUUCACAUCAGUAUUAGUAGCUCAACUGAGUCGAGGCUUCGCUUUUUGUCCAUCUGGAUAAGUGUGGUUGUCUUCAGACUAGACUGCAGAUUUCCCUUAAGAAGAACGGCUAAGCUUGAGUGAAGGAGCCUGAAGGUGCCUCAGUAUAAACUCAGCUGCAGGAGGCUUCAGAGUUGCUGUAAGCCUAGUAGCUCGUAUACACACACACACACACACACACACACACACACACGCACAC